CAUGAAGAUGCCAGAAUAAAUAUCAGGUAUAUCCUGAAUGAAUGUGAGAUUUUUACUCUGUGAAUUUCCUGUGAGGAGUGUAAGAAGAAAAAGAGCAAAGAUAAGAGAAAAAGAGAAGAAGAUGAAGAAACCCAGCUUGAUAUUGUUGGAAUCUGGUGGACAGUAACAAGCUUUGGUGAAAUUUCGGGAACCAUAGCCAUUGAAAUGGAUGAGGGAACCUAUAUACCUGCACUCGACAAUGGUCUUUUUACCCUGGGAGCUCCACACAAAGAAGUUGAUGAGUCCUCCAGAGCAGUUUACCGCUGUCAAAUUAUCUGAUUCCAGAAUCGCCCUGAAAUUUGGCUAUGGACAAUAUCUUGGUAUAAAUUCAGAUGAACUUGUUGGGCGUUCAGAUGCAAUUGGACCAAGAGAACAGUGGGAACCAAUCUUUCAAAAUGGGAAAAUGGCUUUGUUGGCCUCAAAUAGCUGCUUUAUUAGAUGCAAUGAAGGAGGGGACAUAGAAGCAAAAAGUGAAACAGCAGGAGAAGAAGAAAUGAUCAAGGUAACUCAAGGUAACGAUGACAUUUUAUACAGAUAACUACAUUCACACAUGCGAUGUGACUGUAUCUCUUUAAAAUGUUAAGUCAUCAUUUACUGUCACUUUAAAGAUUUAGUUAAUAGCUUUUUAUAAUGUGGUGUUUCAAAUAGACUCAUUUUUAAUUAUAAA